UUCUGCAGUUCCCUGAUGAACCAAGGGAACCCUCCACCGUAUCUGGGCCCCGGUCCGGGUCCGACGGCCCCAUACCCACUUUAUCCACAACCACCAAUGGGGCCUGAGGCCUACCCUCCAGGACCUAUGGGAGGAUCCUAUCCACCUCCCCAGGGGUACCCUUACCAAGGAUACCCACAGUAUGGCUGGCAAGGAGGACCUCAGGAGCCUCCUAAAACCACAGUGUAUGUGGUGGAAGACCAAAGAAGGGAUGACUUGGGCCCAACCACCUGCCUCACAGCCUGCUGGACUGCCCUCUGUUGCUGCUGCCUCUGGGACAAGCUCACCUGACCAGUCCGACCCUGCUGUCCUGCCAGCUCUGCUGCCACCUCAGGUGUGCCCGCCCCAUCUCUUCUGAUUGCUAAAAUAAAUGACUAGCUCUGCACAGACACUUCUACCUUCAAUACCGUGGGAUUCUAGAUUAGUAAGGGUUGCUGCUGUUUAAUUCAGUGACUUGAUCUUUCUAAUGCUCGAAAUCCAGUUCUUAUAGGCCUUUCACAAAUGUACUAAGUGACACUCCUUUUGCUUUGUUUUUUUUUGGCCAAAGGCUUAUGAAAUAUAUAUUUAUAAUUUUUAAAUGAUACAUUCAAGGCAGUGGCAUAAUGUAACAUACCAUUGAAUGAUUUCUUUGCUAACGCCCUGGAUGUUUCAAUAAAUUUGUCUAAACCUCAAAAAAAAAAGAAUAUCAAAGGCACUGUCUUUGCUAGGCUCCAGAAUUUCAAGGGGGAAACCCCCAUAUUAAAUAAAGGGGAGAAGCUAGCUAUAAGUUUUUCCUCCAGCACAUAGCUCAGGCUCAGAAAGGGGUGGAUACUAACUCACUGACUACCACAACCUUUGAGCCACACUAGAAAGACAAAAGGUCCCAUGGAUGAACCACUUGUCACAACAAACAAACUUCACCAGGGUUACUAAAAAGCUUGGCAACAAUGACCUGAUUUUAGGGAACCUCAUACAAAAGUUAAUAAUAUAUGUCAGUGUGUAGAGUGUUUGCAAAAAUGGCCACCAUUAUUCCCUUCCCUGUAUACAUGCUUCUUUGCAAAGUGACACUGCAGUUCUUCCCAUCAAAAGAUGGAGUCUUUUUCUCCUCCCCUUGGAUUUGGUCCAGCCUAUGACUUGUUUUGACCAACAGACUGUAGCAAAAGCAAAGCUGAGCCAUUUCCAGCCUAGGCCUCCAAGAGGCUUUGAAAUCUUCCCUCUCCCUCGUGGACCCUGCUGCUACCACGUGAACAAGUCCAGUGGCCAGGCACUCCUGCACCCCAGCUGACAGCUAGCCAACUGCUGGACAUGUUAGGGAGGCCCCCCAGCUGACUCACCAGUGAGUGCCUGCAGACACAUGUAUGAGUCCAGCAGAGGUCAGGUGAGCCUGGCCCAGAUGAGCAGUAAUAAAUUGCUGACACACAGACCCGUGAGCAAUACUAAAUAAAUGGUUGCUGCUUUAAGCCACCAAAUUUGAGGGUGGUUUAUAAUGCGAUAAUAUAAGGUAACUUACACAUAGGACAUACUCACAUCACAAACAUUCAUUACUCCGAGGACCCACCUAAGAAGCCCUUCAGAGUCCCCAUAGUGCUCAGCAACAGUGAGGACCAACAAGAUCACCAUUAAGCACUGAACUCUGUUCUCCAAUCUGCCUGGGUGUCAAAAUCCCCGGGCCCCUGACCACCUAACGCCACCUUCCCAGGACCUAGGAAGGGUGCAUGGGUGUUUAUCCUUCCGCUGCUUUCCUGUGUUCGUGAGAGAACCUAUAACAUCUCAGAGCUGCAGGAUUUGCCCAGUUUUGUUCUUUUAAGAACACUUUCUAAUUCUGUGCAGGGAUGUGGUUUUAGAGAUGGUGUUUGUCCAGGAGGCCUGACCAGGGGACAGCAACUGCUCUGAGUCACAGACGAGGCAAGUCAGUGGUAAAAACGGAAAAGAAGAGUUUGGUGAGUUGCUAGCUCGUCCCCAAAUCAUGCAACCCCAGUGUAAAUGCAUCCAGUGGAGAAGCCAGCCUCCCUGCUGCCCCACUGUGACUGGGUCAUUGGUCUGAGGAACAGGAAAGGGCAUAUCGGCCCCCG